AUGAAGUUCCAAGUCUUAGUGUGUAUGGGGAUCCUCCUGGUGGCUCUCCUCCCCAGCCAUGAGUGCAGAGCUUUCAGCAAAUCUUCAGCCGCUUCUAAUGGGGCUCCCCCGCCUCUGCUGGCCGAAUACCAUCCCUUUCUACUCCGUAUGGGAGAAGAGUACUUCCUCCGCCUGGGGAACCUGCACAGCAAGUCCCCCCUGGGAGCCGGCCGGGUCGGGGACGCCUUGUCCAGUAACUUUGUGCGGGCGGUGCAGCAGCUGCAACCUCAGCAGUGGGGCGGCCAGCAGGAGCUCAGGGCUGGCAGCAUCGUAGACGGAGCAGACUCCCCCCCAUUCAGCGCUCAGGAGGAGCCCACGGAAAGAGGAAAACGUUCGGAGGAGCCCCCGAUUUCCCUGGAUCUCACUUUCCAUCUGCUCCGGGAAGUCUUGGAAAUGGCCAGAGCCGAGCAGAUAGCCCAGCAAGCCCACAGCAAUAGGAAACUGAUGGACAUCAUUGGGAAAUAA